AUGGUUUCAAAGAAAUCUGAAUUGGAGUUUCGACAAAUAGCUUCUGAGCGACUCUUAAACUAUGAAGUAAAAAAGUGGACCAACGAUGCCACUGGCUUUACGGUCGCGUGCGUAAAUACUCCCACUACUAGAGUCAACGGCUCCUUUGUCGUAGCUACGGAAGCUCAUGACAAUUCUGGAUGUCCUCACACUUUAGAGCAUUUAUGUUUCAUGGGUAGUAAGAAAUAUCCUAUGAAUGGCAUCCUAACAAACUUCGCUGGAAGAGCAUGUGGUGACAUUAAUGCUUAUACCGAUGUUGACUCUACAGUUUAUGAACUAUCUUCAGCCGAAGAAGAUGGGUUUCUUAGACUACUUCCUGUUUUUGCCGAUCAUGUGUUAUUCCCACUGCUUAGCGAGGAUGCUUUUUGUACAGAAGUAUAUCAUACAAAUCAGUUUGGAGAGGAAUCAGGAGUCGUAUAUUCUGAGAUGCAAGAUUCGCAAACUUCCGAAGUUGAUGUUAUGUUUGAUUGUAUCCGAACAAAUCAGUAUCCCCCUUCCAGCGGUUAUUUCUACGAGACAGGAGGACACCCGGACGAACUUCGUAAGCUAUCUAUUCAGCAGAUUCGUGAUUACCAUAAGGCUAUGUAUGUUCCUUCGAAUAUAUGUCUCGUGGUUGCUGGUUCCAUUGAGGAAGAGCGCCUUCUUGAGACUUCCUCAUCAAUUGUUAGAGAUAUCAUUGAUAACGAUUUAAAGACUCCUGAGGGCUGGGUACGACCAUGGUCUCAAAAAGACAGUACUACUCAAAUCCCUAACUCUUUAGUCAAAAGUGUGAACUUUUCGUCGGAAGACGAAUCCACAGGCUCACUUUCAAUUGCAUGGAACGGCCCUUCUUUACUGGAUCAAUUUAAAAUUUUUGCUAUACAAACGAUCUGUGAUUUCCUCAGCGAAUCCGCCGUGUCUCCUCUCAAACAGGCUUUCGUUGAGAUAGAAGAUCCAUUUUGCUCUUUUAUAUAUUUUUACGUAUUUCCAAAAGAUCCUUGCUCUAUUCAGUUAUUUCUUGACAGUAUCCCUGUUGAAAAGAUAGAUGGUUUGGUUGAAAAGGUUUUAUCUCUUUUAUCCAACCUCCAAACCAUCGACAUGAAAAGACUGCAUGAUUACCUAGAUACCCAAAAAAAUCAAUACCUUACCGCGCUGGAGGUGACUCCACGCUUGCUAUUUACAAAGGUUCUUACCCUUGAUCAUGUUUACGGCAAUAGAGACGGAUCAGAUAUCUCAAAGUUUAUGGAAGGCUUAUCUUACAAUGAGGAAUUGAAGAAAUGGUCUGAAAAGGACUGGAUAAAUCUUAUUCGGUCUACAUUUAUCGAAAGCCAUUCUAUUUCAGUCUUGGCGCUGCCGUCAUAUGAAAUGGCUGAAAGAGUUAAACAAGAAACAAAUAAAACGUUGAGCGAUAGAGUAAAUUCUCUUGGCAAAGAAGGGUUAGAGGCUAUAAAGCACAAGCUUGACUCCGCAAAGGCAAAAAAUGAACAAAAGCUUCCCUAUAAUUUGGUUUCCUCAUUCAAAAUUACUGAUCCCAGUCAAAUACAUUUUUACAAUUCCACGACUGCUAAAACAAAGUGGUCGGGACAAGAUUUUGAAAAUGAUGUCCAAAAGUACAUUAAUUCUGACGGGGAGGACCUUCCACUGUAUGUACAAUUUGAUCAUAUAGAUUCAUCGUUUGUUAGUAUUGUUACAUAUUUCGAUACCGCCGAUAUUCCACCUGCUUUGAAACAAUAUCUUUCCGUAUUUGCCAAAUAUAUACUAGCAGCUCCAGCGGAACUAGAGAAUCUGGGGGUUAUUUCUCACGAAGAGGUUGUAAAGCGACUGGAGCGUGAUACUGUGCUUUUCGAUGCAUCUUUGUUAUUUGACAAACCUUCUUGUUCAUAUUCUUACUAUGAAACGAAGCGAGAAUUAUUUUAUUUGGAAUGUCGGGUAACUAGAGAAAAUUACCAAAAGGGCAUUUAUUGGAUUGGAACAUUAUUGACAGCCACUUUGUGGGACAAGAACAGAUUGCUUUCAAUUAUAAAUCAAUUGUUGGCCGAUAUUCCAUACCAGAAGAGGGAUGCUGAAUGCGUUUUGCCAUCCUAUAUUGACAUUAGAUUGUACAACGAAAACUCUUUGAAGUAUACUCAGAAUACAUUGACUCAAGAAAAGGUUCUUCGUGAACUUCGUCAAAAACUUAUCGACAGUCCAGCUGAAGUGUUUUCGUCCUUUGAUGAUUUGAGAAAUCACUUGUUAAAGUCUUUGUGUCCACGCGUUCACGUGAUAGGUGAUAUACUCCAAACGAAUGGUGCUGCCUCUUUGUGGACGAACUUUGUCUCCCAAAUUCUCCGAAAGAAAACUUCGGGCUCUCAGGUACCUACUUCUUUUUCGAGACUUCAUCUGCAAGAGAACGAAUUUAAGCCCCAUAGCUCUCUUACUGUUAUUCCCAUGCCUUCCAAUGAAAGCAGUGAUUUAGUUAUCGCCAUUCCCGGCAUAAAAAGUUGGAAUGAUCCCAAUCUUCCCGUCGUAGUUUUGAUUGCAAAUUAUUUGGGAUUAAUGGACGGUCCUUUUUGGAACAGAAUUCGUGGUUCUGGCUUAGCAUAUGGAUUCAAUAUGGGAAUAGACAUUGACGGAGGCUUAUUAUUUUACUCUAUUUUAACUUCAUCUGAUGUUUAUAGAGCUUGGUCAUCUAGUAAAGACUUGUUAAGUUCAAUUCUUUCUGGAAAAGUUUCAGUUAACAGUUUUGACUUGGAGUCAGCCAAGUGUAUGGCAUACAGCACAGUGUCGGAACUUGAAAAUAAUGCCUUUUAUUCCGCUAAAAACUCUUUUACUUUACUUUCAAUUAAAAACUUGAGGAAAGAAUGGGAUCGCCUAUUUUUAGAAAGGAUUGCUGCUGUUACGAUUGAUGAAUUUAUGGAAAGUCUUAAAAAAUUCUGUUUACCUUUCUUUUCUCCAGAGAACAAUUUGGCUGUUCUUACAUCUUCACUUUCAAGAUUAGAUCAAACUGUUUCUGAGUUUCAGUCUGAAGGGUUUGAUGUUAGCGUGAAAAGUAUCCAUGAAAUUCAAGGUUUAGAACCCAGUUCUGAUGAGGAAGAAGAAUCUGAAGAAGAUGGUGAGACUGGUUCUACAAUUUCCGAGGAAGAAUAA